GAAAUACAAAUUGUAAUGACGACCCAAAUACAUCCCACCCUUGGUAAACGGUAAACCCGUCUCGACCUAAUUCAGUCCGAGCAGGUUCACUCCCUCUUUUGUCUUCGGUUAUACCAUUAUUAUUAUUUUGAAUGACAAGAAAUUAGCCAGUAACCAGUAGGUACUUAUAAACAUAUUUACGAGUUCCACCUGUUUCUUGCUCUCGUCUUGAAAGACCAGCGCCACCACCACGCUUUUAGCUCUUCCAUUGCCAUAUCGAAUCCAACCCGUUCUGAUGCUGCGAUUUGCAUUGCAAAAAAUUUCUGGACACUCCACGCAAAGGAUUUUUCUUCCUGCAACAUCAACGUUGAUGAGAGGUUGCUCCUUUGCUACAUAUGAGGUUAUCCCAAAAGGACAAGGAAGAGAAGCACACUGUGACCACGUUGUGAAGGAUCAAUGUAAUAACCAAGUCGCGAAUCUUUAUCCCAAGCCAAAUGUUGGAGGUCAACAGAAGCUCCAAAUUGGGCAGAAUGUCUCAAGAAAGGACAAAAUUAAGUUUCUUGUCACCACACUUCUUGAUCUUAAAGACAGUAAAGAAGCUAUCUACAGUGCUCUUGAUGCAUGGGUUGCUUGGGAGCAGAAUUUUCCUAUUGGACCUCUUAAAAAUGUAAUCCUUGCUCUUGAGAAGGAGCAUCAGUGGCAUAGAAUUGUUCAGGUUAUUAAAUGGAUGCUAAGCAAGGGGCAGGGAAACACAAUGGGAACAUAUGGACAAUUAUUACGAGCUUUAGAUAUGGAUAAUAGAGCAGAUGAAGCUCAUCAAUUCUGGGUGAAGAAAGUAGGUGCUGAUCUACAUUCAGUGCCUUGGCAGUUAUGCGGCCUCAUGAUAUCAGUAUACUAUCGAAACAACAUGCUGGAGAAUCUUGUGAAGCUUUUCAAAGGCUUGGAAGCUUUUGGUCGCAAGCCUACAGACAAAUCAAUAGUUCAAAGGGUAGCAGAUGCAUAUGAGAUGUUAGGUUUACUUGAAGAGAAAGAAAGGGUUCUUGAAAAAUACGAAGAUAUUUGUACCAAGAUAGAGAAAGGUCAUAAGAAAUCUAAGCAGACUUCAUUGAAGAAAAAGAAGGAUUCUGGACGGGGAAGACCUAGACAGAGACAGACAUCGACUUCAAAUAACCUUGUCAGCACCAUGGAUGGCCCAGAAUUAGUGAGAUGAGGAUGGGUUUUGCUUCCCAUAUUGGAAGUGGUAAAUUUAUUUCGUCAGCUAUUAUAAUAGUACCUUGGACGACAACAGGCUCCUAAUUUUUCAUCGGUUGGAAAAUCGUUGUGUGAAUACAUGGUUGGAUGAUAGUCAACAGGGAAUUGGCCUAAAAUCUUUCUAUGCUUGAACUCCUUUGGUAUCUAGUGAUUGUCAAACAUUAUUGUAAAUUAUGUAUUUCUAUUGCUAUAUUAAUUACUGAUCAAGAGUGUUGAUCUUAAUUUCAUUUUUUA